UUGAAAUACUCGUUUUUCGAGAGUUCAUGGGAUCUCUUGAAUAUGGAUUCUAAUCACAUAUUAGCGAUUAUUGGCAUACGAUUGCAGAAGUGGAGGAAGACAAAACAAACGCUUCAACGCCGGAAAGUUGGAAAACGGAAUAUAUUGGAACUCAUUGCACUAUGGAAACUUCUAGUGAAGCGUGAAGAAGAACAUAGUCAGAGAAUAUGGGUUCGCCCAAUAUUCACACAAUUGCGAAGACAUAUGCAAGGAGUCAAUGACAAUUUGGUCAAAGAAAUGGAGCUACAAGGCUUGGAAAUGUUCUACAAUUACUGUAGAAUGUCUAUAGAAAUGUUUGAUCAAUUGCUGAAUAUUGUUGGGCCUCUCCUUGAAAAACAGACUGUUGUUCGAGAUCCAAUACCGGCACGUGCACGGCUUCUAGUAUGUUUGCGUUACUUAGCCUCCGGUGACAGUAUGGCCUCAAUAUCUUAUGCAUUUAGGAUUGGAAUAAGCACUGUUCCAAAAAUAGUAUCUGAGACAUGCGAGGUAUUGUGGAAUUCUCUCCACGAAUCUGUAAUGCCACCGACAAACAAAGAAAGUUGGUUGAGAAUCGCGGAUGAGUUUAAGGAAAAAUGGAAUUUCCCGCAUUGUAUAGGUGCGAUAGAUGGGAAGCACGUUGUGAUUCAGGCACCACCUCACAGUGGGUCAGUAUAUUAUAACUAUAAAGGGACUCAUAGUAUAAAUUUGUUAGCAGUUUUGGACGCCAAUUACUGCUUCACACUAGUCGACAUUGGAGCCAAGGGUAAACAGAGUGAUGGAGGUAUCUUUGCGAACUCAAUGUUUGGUCAACGAUUUGAAAGAAAUGAAAUAAAUUUGCCGCAACAGAGUGCAGUGGAACCUAGCGGGCUCCCUUUACCAUAUGUAUUAGUGGCAGAUGAGGCAUUCGCUCUGAAGCGGUAUAUGAUGCGACCGUACCCUCGAUGUGGUCGAUUAAAUCGUCAGAAAAAAGAUACGAAGCGACCUCCUUAUACUACGGGCGACUACAGUCGCCCGACGCAUAGCGCGCACAUUUUGAAAUAA